CUUCAAAUGAAUUUGACAGGUAAAUUAAAUGUCUCAGAUUCCUGUACCUCCCUUGCAAAGAGCUACUGAUGGUUCUCCAGUCUUUAAUCAACUAUUGAUGAAUGAAGUACAAGAAACUUUGGAUGCCUCCUUUGAAAAGGGUAUUCCGACAUUGAUAUCAUGGAAUCAGGGAGGAAAUAAUGUCCUAGUAGAAGGAUCAUGGGACAACUGGACCACAAGGAAGGCUCUGCAGUGGUCAGGAAUGGACCAUGCCAUUUUGUUGGUCCUCCCAUCUGGAGUCUACCAAUACAAGUUCAUUGUAGAUGGAGAAAGGAGAUACAUUCCUGAUCUUCCUUGCAUAGCUGAUGAAAUGGGGCAGAUAACCAAUCUCCUUGACGUCCAUGAUUAUGUUCCAGAAAAUCCAGAAAGUGUUGCUGAAUUCGAGUCCCCUCCAUCACCAGAGACUAGUUACGGUUGGUCAUCACCUGCAUAUGAGGACUUUGCAAAGGAGCCACCAGCUGUUCCACCUCAGUUGCAUCGGACUGUCCUUGGGAUGCAACAUUCUGCGGAAGUUUCUUCAAAACCCCAGCACAUUGUUCUCAACCACCUUUUCAUAGAGAAGGAAUGGGCUCCUCAGUCACUGGUGGCCCUUGGCUUAACUCACAGGUUCCAAUCCAAGUAUGUGACCGCUGUCCUAUACAAGCCUGUGAGAAGGUGACAGAAAUUGCACCUCUUACAACUCCAUUCCUACAUGGUAGUGAUGCUUUUCUUGUUGCUUGAAUUUUCUUGAAUUUUUCUCAUGUUCCUUUUGCAUUUGCCAUAUGGCAUCACCAUGCAAGUUCUUCCAUGGUUCUGAUGUCAUAGCUUCGCAUCAUUUAGGGUUGAACAAGCUACGUGCCUCUUCUGUGACAUAUUUCAAACCAGGAUGAAAUUACUUCAGAGACAUUUUAUGCAUCCGGUAUGAUGAUGUUAAGCGGCAGCAAUUCUCUUUUGUACCUACAAGCAACAGUUCUUAAAUUUAAUCUUUGGUUGGUUAAUACUUUUGGCCUCCUUUACUGUUAGUGCAAUUGAAAGUUUCAAAUGGCAUAGUCCUGGAAGAUUCUUAAAAGUAUCUCAAACGAGAAAAGCUGGUACUGCAAAUAUAGUUAGUAUACCCAAUCAUAAAUGGCUGGUUGAUGUGGAAGGGUUA